GAGCUCGUCACGCGUGGGACAGGAACGCGUGGCUAACCCCUAAGAACGUCUGCGUAGGAGACGGACAUACAUACAUACAUACAUAUGAAGAAAGGCCACUAAGAGUUGGUCCCUGCCUUUCUUUCCUUUUUUUACUUUUCUCUCUCUAAGACGGACUCAUAGUGCAGGUCCCAUGAUGUCCUAGGUAGAGUUGACCGUGCACCCAUCCAUGGCUCCUUCUUUGUAAAUUACGUGCUCCCUCCAUACCCACCCUUCCCCUAACUUACGUAAACAUCUAGAAUCACGGAUAUACAGUCUCAGAAGUCACGGAGACGAGCAAAAUAAUGGUAGCGCGGCGUUUUUGUAAAUCAAUGGUUUUGUUUUUAGCUCCUUGAACUUUUAUUUCAUCGUUUUUCAACACCUUGUCCUUGCGCCGAUUAGAAAUCGAUGUAAUCUCCAACAUAAAAAGGGUCGUUCGAUCGACUGAGUCCAUAUUUGACUUUGGUUGGGCUAAAUAUAGCUCUUGGUGUCGUGUGUCCAUCUUACGAUGUGUGCUUAUCCUAUAGGGAGCAAAGUCUAACAUGUGAGUGGAACAAAAGCGUCUUAGUCGUGUUUGGCUAAGCACAGACACCACACGCAACAAACGGAAAGACUGUCUUUUUUUUACGCGCUCCCAAACCUGUUAAUAUAUCGAGCAAUACUGGUAUGAAUUUAGCCAGUCAGUGCCAAAGGAACAACAUGAAAUCCUUCAGCGUUGCCCGAACUCCGACUUUGGAUCAAGAUCUACGAAUAAGGCGUUUCCAUAGAGAGGAUACACACCGCGUUCACAAUCUGUUCUUGGAGGAGACGAGAUGUAUGUUAUGGCCGAUGUUUGUCCAGGCUGUUCGAAGUCCGCCUGCAGUCGUUUUACAUGUCAUGUUGAUGUUCGCUGGAGUAAUAUUCGCCAGAUCUUGCAUUUUGGCACUCUUUGGAGGGAUUUUCGCCUUCUCUGGGGUCUUCGUCUACGUUUACCACUGGUUUUAUAACUAUUUGACCAGCUCUCUGAGAGGAGACUUAAGUAACAUCACACAGGUACCCGGAAUUUUCCUUUGAUUAUACGAAAGUCAGUAUUUACUUAAAUUUAAUAGUUGUUUUACGCGAAAAGGGUGCAAACCGCGUCCAUAGAAUAAUAACUGCUGAUGCGAGAACAACUAUUAAAGAUAAGCUAUUAAGAUAGGAAACAAAUACAUGUAGUUUGAAUGUAUUUAGUAUGUCAAGUUAUAAACGAGGCGACAAGAUGCCAAAACUCGGUGCAUGCAUUUUGGCAGACUUUAAGAAAACAAACUAGCUGUGAACUCCACAAAGACGGUUUAUUCGUUUUUUCUAAAAAGCAUAACAAAUCAAAUAAAGUCUGUUUCUUUACUUUCCUUUUCAAAACAAUGAAAAAAUUCUAGGUCUAGUUUCUAAGGCUAGAGAAAAACUACAAGUUAAAAACCAGCGAUAAAUUUUAAGAACUUGAAUUAUUGUUUGUUCAAGAGCCAUUAUUGCCACCACACGCUUUUAUGAAAACACACUUUGAAUUUUCCAGAUUUUUAAAUUCUUUUCAAUGCAACCGCAAAGAAACAAUCUAGAGUAACACAGUGAAUAGUUUGAAUUCCCAGCACGUAGUCAACUUUUCGCCUCGUUUUAUGAAAACAAUUUUGGAAUUUCUGGAAGUUUUUUGAGGCUGAACGUUUAAUGCAGCUUCACGUGGCUUUUAAAUCUAGUUAAAAAAAAGACUUUUCCAACAACUCAGCAAAUACAAUAAUGGAGUAAUGAUGUGCCAAAGCGAUACUAUUGCUAAAUGUAUUAUUGUGUAUGUUAAAUACACACUAAACAUCCGUCCUAAAUUUGAUCUUGACAGAAACAUAGUGUACGGUGUCCUGAGGGCCUCGAUAUUUUUGGCAGUUAUCGUGAUUUCCUAGUUCUUAAAACCGCGGGUUUCCGCCUGCCAGUUUUCAUUUGAUGUAGAACAUUCAAACCCGCAAAAGACUAAAAUUUGGCGGCCAUCCUUUUAAUCUUUUCUUAUCUCAAACUGCCCUAAUUUGGACAGUACCCUUAAUUUUCAUUUUGUAACAAAAUUGUUUACUUAAACUUCGAUGUUUUACGUGCAUAAUGCUUAAAAGUACAAAGGGAAACUAAUGAGAACUAUGACUUGCCUUCUGAAAAUCAUUUCUAGAAAGAUAGAAACUUUUUAAGAGGGUUCUGUGGUAACACAUUUAACGAUACUUUUUCAGUUUAGAUAGGUGAAAGAACCCAGGUCACUAGGUCAAAGGAGAAAAGCUGGCAAACAGUUUGAAAUGGCUUUCAGAAAUUGAAGUAAACAUCACGGGCAUUUGUUGAAGACUGGUUUUACCAGCUAUAAAAAAACAGCGAAAGUUCUUUUAUUGUCGAAGUCCCCUGGAUCCAAAAUUCCUAAAAUUUCUGUAUUGCGUGUCCUGUCUUGGAGUACGAAGAUUCUGGAAAUACUUUUAGGUCUGGAUUUUUUCUGGAACAAAUUCAAAACGUGACAUGAUAUCUAAAGAAGAAUUUUUUCGGAUGGAGAGAAAGAAUCUUAGAAGCUGGUAGAUUUUUCUGGAAACCAAAAAACGCAAAAAAUCUUUUUCGGCUUUUCUUUGCGUAGUUUGAUCUACACUUAAACACAUAUUGAAGCAUCUCAACUUCCGUUUCUGAGCACGCGCCCUUAUCUGUUUGUAAUUGUAUCACGAUUAAAGUUGACGUACACCCUAAAAGAAUUACGAAAGUCUGUUAGAUGCGUAAAAGAUCUUGUAAACCACAUCAAAGAUCAGCGCUAAGUUUCAUUUAUCAUUAAUUUUAUGGAAAUCACAUCAAUCAAACAUCGGUUUUCCUUUCAGUAAAGGAUUUUACUAAUAGCGACAUUGGUAAUAUCUUAAAGCGUUUUCCACCCGCCUAAAAAGUUAGCAAACAGUGUCACAAGAAAGUUCUAGCAAUUAGAUCUCUUUUGAACGCCAAACGUUUAUCCUCAGAUUGAAAAAACACGAAAUCACCUAGUCCCCAACUUUGCCCACAAAGGCACGAGGAUCCACGCGCGUGAAAUUCCACGUGCUUUGCAACAUAUGUUGCUGCCUCACGCGAGAUGUGAUCUGAUCUUUUGACCCAGUAGCAAAAUCAUCGACUGGAAGAUAAACUUGUUUUUCUUAGAGAAAACGUGAUUUCUUUUCAUAUAUUCUAACUUGUUUUGUCAAUGGUUUGCUUUCAAUUAUGUUUUUUGCAUGAUCAUUGUGAAAUUAAUGAAAAAGCAGAGGGCUAUUCAGAUAAUAAAAGCCUUUGCUGGAACAAAGAAAACAUAAUGCCGUCUAAAUGCUGUAAAAUGCUAAAACCACGCACACUAAGAAUGUCUUCCAUUCACUCUUCAGGUCAAAAAGUUAGUUACGUAACGAUAGCAAAAACUGAAAUACGUUGGUUAUUAUAGCUCAAGUUUCACCGCCACCGACAGAUAUCAUGAAAUAUCAAAUCUCCGAAACUGCUCUAAUGGGAUAGCAAGCGGCGUCUUCAAGAAAUGUUUUGCGGUUGCCAAGCCUUCUGAAUACAAUUUCGCUCAUCACCUCUCACUCUCUCAACUCUGAUCGAACGAGUUCGAGGCCUGGGGGGGGGGGACUUCCCCUAUGAAAGGGGCGGGGAUGCUCGUCGGAAAUUUUGAAUUAAACCUCUAAAGGAGACCAAUCUAACGUGGCCCAACCUUUUUUUGACCCCUUAAAGCGAUCAUUUUAAACUUUGAUUACAUGAAUCGAGUGAAUAAAAUGAAUUGAAAAUAUCUAAUUUUUCAAUGUUUCUUCAAGUGCAACCCUAAAAGAGACCUUUACCGCUAAAUGUAAUGGUCUCUUGCCCAGAACACCCUAAGAGAGAUUAAAAUCUGAAAUAAGCGAGACGACGAGCAUCCCCGCCUCUUUCAUAUGGGAGUCCCCCCGGUUCGAGGUCCUUGAUGUACUGUAAGAGCAAGGGACCAAGUUUUUUCAUCUCAAAAAAGAAGGCAAACGAAUUUGUACAUGAAUCAACAUAUAGCUACAUAUAUAUUUAUUGUACAAAUACUGGUAACUUAGCUGUUCAAUGUUUAUUCGUCCCACAUCUCUUGAAAAUAAGGAUAAUUUUUAUUCAGUUAACGCAUACUGGGUUGGUGCGCCCUUUUACCUGACUUGAUGUGAUUUUAUUUUAAUUGAGAGUAAAAAGCCGCCAAACUGAUCAAUCACAGGGCCUUUUUGGCUAACAGUUUUGCUCACGGUACUAAAGGAGUGUCCCUAACCCUUCAUUUUGCUCAAUGCCGUAAUCCCGAUGGUUAUUUUUGGCAUUCCUCAUCCCGCAUCCCGCAUCCCGCAUCCCGCACUAAUAAUCACCGUAAAACGUUUGUUAAAAAUUGCCGUAUCUAGCGCUAGCCUUUAUUCCUGACCUAAACGUUUGUUGCUAACAAGCUUUGUCUUUAUUGCUCUUCUUUCAGAAUUAUUUAUCCAAGGCAAAGUGCAAUUUCCUUGUGGCGGAGUUCGACAUCUCCAUCGUGGGUUUUAUAGCCAUCGAUCAAUUAUCUGAAAGUGUUGCAUCUGUUAAACGAAUUUCUGUUGAUGUGUGCUUUGGCGGACAGCGAAAGUACAUUGCCACAAAACUGUUGCAAGAAGCAUUUAAGUUUUGUCAAGAGUGCGGCUACAAUGAGUUAGUCAUGGAAAUCCCCGGAACUAAUAAGCCAAAGGUUCAUCGAUUACAUCGUAGCGAGACCAAGAAUAAACAAGACUUAUUUAUCGCACGGCAGGGUUAAAAUAAAAACUAUGUGUAUCACGUGAUGUGCAUGCUCAGCUGUGACGUCAUAAUCCAGAAAAUGAGUGAUUUUCUAGGUCUCACGCGAUCACCUGAUUAUCCUUCGUGACUUCAUCACAGAUACAUGUCACCACAGAACAAGGACGUUCAUAACGUUGGGUCCGUUCCUUUUGGGACAGUCGUGUUGUUUAAAGCGCACGAGGUCCACAGUGGAAAUGAGGCCAGAACUGACUUUCUGGAGAGCAUUGCAAAAAGCUGUAAACGAAAGAAAUGGCUACGAAUUCUAAGCUCAGAGUUUAUCUUAUCAUUAUCAGAAUGUUUCUGCAAGCGAACAUUCAAACACCAGAGGAGUGGUGAAGUCAAAGCGCCCGAAAAUAUACGCAUGCGCAGUGUAGUUGAGUUUUCGACAGCAUCUGAUAAGUUGCAAAAUAAGACCUUUGUCACAUCACUUACGUAUUUAAUAGUUCUGCUUUAGAACUACAAGGAAUAGUAAUUAGAGGUGCUUUUUAACCCAAACAACAGAAUUGUGGCCAGAAAUAGAAAGCAUAAGGAAGGGACAAUUACAUCGAUUAUCUUGGCGUUCGUUUAAGAAAGUGAUAAAUUUUAAAAUUCAUACUGAAACUGAAAUUCAAAAUGUUACCAAAUUAGAGGAUAUGAACCUUUUUAAGGAUUGUUCCUAUUGUUGUCAUGAUCAAAGGCGUUUACGAACUAGUUACCUUAUGUCUACAAAUUGCAGCUGUAAGUUUUGUAAAUAAAUAUAUGUAAAUAAAACUUGUAAAUACACUUGUAAACAAAUAAAUUAGGAACACAGUUUAACUUGUAAUUCAUGUUCUGACGGUAAUUUAGGGCAGACACAUUUAAUUCUCUGUUAGUUAAAGCGUUUCAACUCGAGCAUGGCUAUCCAGCGGGUAUAAGAACCAAUGACGUCCCAGUUACAGAUACCAGUCAGGCCAUCUAACUAUGUAUACUGUAGCCUGAUGAGCCACUGAACAACUUGUGGUAAACGAGGCCGUAUAUUUGGCUCGAUGCUGUAUCAGAUUGUAUCCUGUAUCACUGAAUACCUUGAGUUUCGCCAAUUCGUACAGCAUGCUUUAUUAGUCAAACCUCU